AUGGGAUACAUUUAUGGUGAUCUUCUCAAAGCAAAGCAAGAUAUUGCAGUACGCUUAAAUGGAAAUGAGAAAAAAUAUGGUCCUAUUCGGGGAAUCAUAGAUGCAAGGUGGGACAGCAAGCUUAAGACUCCAUUGCACAAAGCUGGGUAUUUCUUAAAUCCAGGUUUCUUCUAUGACAAUAAGAAAGAAAUGGAGGAUGAAGUCUUGAUGGAAGCUGUUGUGCAAUGUGCAGCUCAAAUGUACCGUGAUGAUAUAACAAUGCAAGAUAAUAUUGUUUCUCAGCUUACUAUGUACACUGAAGCCACAGGUUCUUUUGGAACACCAAUGGCUAUAAGACAAAGAAAUAUUCCAACAAUUUCCCCAGCAAACUGGUGGUCUGUACAUGGAGGUAGUGCAAAGGAUCUAAGGAAGAUGGCUAUCAGAAUUUUAAGUCUAACUUGUAGCUCUUCUGCAUGUGAAAGAACUUGGAGCGCAUUUGAGAGAGUGCAUUCUAAGAAAAGAACUAGAUUGGGUCAGCGUAAACUAAAUGCUCUUGUCUUCAUCAUGUUCAACAAGAGGCUGCAAUGGAAGUAUUCUCAAAAGGAUAGGGACCCCUUGGUUGCGAAAUUCAUUGAUGAUGAGUCAACAAAUGAAUGGAUUGUAGAUCCUGAUGCACCAGCACCACAAUUAGAAGAUGAUGCUCAGAGUGGUAGUGUGAGAGGUAAGAGAAGAUUAAUCCAUAAAAGUACAUCAAGCAAAGCAAAGAAAGCACGAGUUGUUGCAGAAGAUGAGCUGGAAGAAUUUGAUUCUUCUGAAAGUGAAGAGGAAGAGGGAGGGAACAUCCCUUAUGCAGAUGGAGAUGGUUCAAAUGACCAUGAGGCCGAUGAUGUUGCUUCUGACAACGAAUGA